AUGCCUCUAGCUCCUAAAUAUCUCGCCUCUCACACAAUUUCAACUACCAAACGAUUGCAAGUGGGCAAGCCCCAGGCGCACGUAAUUGAAUUGUAUUUGGAUUACUGUUGCCCAUUUAGUAAGAUUCUGUACUUGAAAUGGAUUAAAGAUGUGAUCCCAGCCAUAGAGAAGCAAUUGAAUAAAGAGUUCGAAUUUCAGUUUGUGCAUGUAGCCCAACCAUGGCAUCCGUCUUCAGGUUUGAUGCACGAGGCAGCGCUCGCAGUUGCCCAGGUCGAUUCUGGCCUAUUUCAGGAUUUCAGCAAAUCGUUAUUCGAACAACAGGCAAAAUGGUUUGAUGAGGCAUGUUACAUUAAGUCUCGCAAACAGAUAUACGAGGAGCUGGCUUCUCUGGCUACAUCGGUCGGUGUUCCGGGAAAUGAUGUUCUCAAACUUCUGACGAUCAAUGAGCAGCCUUUUGAACACAAUGGCUUUCCUAAGAACGGAGGCAAUGCUAUUGGCCCAAGCUUGAAGUACUUUACUCGGUACCAUCGCCAAAACGGAGCGCACGUAACUCCAACAGUUGCUGUAAAUGGAAUAAUCAAUGGAAAUAUUGGUAGUGGCACUUCCCCAGAAGAGGUGAUCAAGCUUUUGGAUGCUGCUACAUGA